GUGUUAUGGCCUUUUAAUGCUUCAAUUUGUUUAUAUAUUUUUGUCAUUUGUGAUUUUGGGUUUUUGGUUUUGUUCAUUGAUUGCAAAAAACAAGGUCAGAGAGAAGCAACUGAUUGGGGGAUAUGAGCAAUUAGUAUAUGCAUGUAUGCAUAUAUGAAAUUUUUGUAGUUUAAUGAAAUAGUUUGUCACUUGUGUGUAGUGGGUUAGACCAUCUCUAGCCUUUCUUCAAAAUUUUACUCAAAUUUGAGUAAAAAUUUGUGUUAAAACUUUUUUUUGAUAUGAAACAAUCCAAUGGACAUACUCAGAUUUAAGUAUAUAAAUCAGUAAAAUCUGUAGUAAUGGCAGACUUGUAAAUUUGAAAGGUGCAAAAUUAUCUUGAAAAGUCUCCUUUUAUUUGGGUAAAACUCGAAGGAGUGGAGAGGAUUUUGAGUUAUUUUUUUACCCAAAUCUAAAUUUGAUAUAGGUUUGAGUUAAGGAUUGGAGAUGCCUAUGAAACAUGAAUUCAUUCCUAAUUAAGGAAAAGCUCAGAAAUUAAGAAGUUUAGUUUGAAUGAUUUCAUUUCCCAGUUAAUAUGGUAGUGAAAUACAAAAUAGAAGCUUCAAUCAGACCUCUGGUACAAUUUGAAAUGUCUUUUAUGGGUUAUGGACACUAGUCAGUGUCUUGGCAUCUUGGUCUCUGAUACAAUUUGAAAGGUCUUUUGUGGGUUAUGGACACUAGUUAGUGUCUUGGCAUCUUGGUGAAGAGUAUGUGGGUUCAUCCAAGUAAUAAUUGAUUUAUUGGAGUAAAAUGGAAAAAUUAUGUCAGGCCAAAUUUGGGUGGGGAAGACAAUAACUGUGUUACUGGAAGUACUAGAAAUUAGAAUGCUCUUAGUUUUUUAUAUCCUCACUUGCCAGCUUAACGAGUGGCUUAUAUGUAUUAGCUAAUAUUGUCUAGUUUGAAACAGUAGCGGUGGCCAUGGUGGUAUUGGAUUACUAGUCGAGGGAUGAUGAUAAUGGGAUUUCAAUAAGAAGCGAAAACACGUAGAUGAAUAUUAAACAAAGUUCCAUUCAUACUUUGAUUUGAACUGUCAUGGGAAAAAAACAAUGUUUUCUGUUUUCUAAAAACCGGAGACAGAAAAUAUGUAACACAGCCUAACAACCCCUUAUUUUCAUGAGUUUGAGCUGAAGUCCAACUAUGACAUAUGGACCCAUUUCUUUUGAGGAUUCGAGAGGUUUGGGGAUUAGAAAAAUGUGAGGCCCACAUUUUGGUGCCAUUGGAUUAGAUGCCAUCUUCCAUCCAACAUCUAGGUCCCUUUUAUCCCAUGCUAUAUUGGGCCUGUUUGUUACAGGCUACAACUUAAAUGGGCUGCUUAUGGCUUUUUUAUUUUGAGAUUUUGUAUGAGACUGUUUUUGUAGCUUAUGUUUACAGCUUCCACGGCAAAAGUGGCUUAAAUAAGUUGAAAAAAAAAUCAGGUUAUCAUGAAGCUAGGGGAAGGGUGAGUUCAAAUUCAGUUCAUAGGUUGUCAAAUUUUAGCUUUGAUAAGCUGGAGCAAACAGGCUCAUCCAACCCUAAUCAAACAUGGUACAAGUACUCCAAACAUAUAUAUAAUCCCAUCCAAUAACCUAGGUAUUACUUAUCCCGAUAUCCCACAAAAGACAUAUUUGGAAAUCAAAGAUAGUCCAUAUUGCUUGCUAGUUAGUCUUGUUUGUUGAAGAUUUUCACUUAUGGUGCCAGAGUGAGUAUUGAAUCUAAAAGGUUCCAUUGAUCAAUAUGAUUUGCUGCAGAGGUCUUCCAUGGCUUACAGGAGCAAGUGAUGAGUACAUGUUCUAGAAGCCAUAAAUUGAUGGUUCGCGUACAACGCAUUGAAGCUGCAGUUCCUCCACUUGAGAAAGUCAUACUGGCCCAGAAGAGCCACCUCCAUUUUGCUUACACAGCUGCUGUUUUGCAGGUUCUGUAUGGCAUGCUCGUCUUGAAAAUGGACAAAAUCAAUUUAAUGGUGACUUGCCACAGUUUAUUAUGGAUUCCUAUGAAGAAUGUCGUGAUCCUCCACGCUUGAACAUGCUUGACAAAUUUGACACUGGUGGCUCAGGAUCUUGUUUAAAGAGAUACACAGAUCCAACCUUCUUUAGGAGAGCAUCAGCUAGCUCUGGUGAAGCAAGUGUUGAGAAAAUCUCAAAAGAUAGGAAGGCUCGUCGAAGCAAGAAAAAAAGAACAUGGCAGAGGAAUGAAGCGUCUCGUGGUGCAUCCAUAUCCAACCGCAGCGACAGGAGUCAAUUAACUUCUCUAAAAGUUGAUGGGCAUAUUUCUCCUUCUCAGUCUGUCUCCACAACUGAUGUUGCAUUGAAAUCUGACCUAGGAGGCCAAUCAAAUUCUUCUGAUUCAAGAACUGAGACAGGCUAUAUAGAAUGUGUUUUCCAUCCGACUUACUCCAUGGAACCUGAAGAACAUGAGCCUAAAGAAUCAUCCUUAUCUUGUUUAAGGAUACACCAUAAUGAAACCGUUGAUUCAGCUAGUGUUGAUGAACAUAGUGGAGUUGUAGAUGAUGACUUUGCACAUAGUUUAUCAGAGGACCAAACUGGCCCAAUUUCAUCUUUUGUUACUUGGGAUGAAAAGACAGAAAUAGUCGAGACUACGGGUCACCAGUAUGAUCAUGAUGAGUCUACAGAGAUGCUGACAACGAACUUUAACCAAGAUCUUCAAGAGGAGGAGGCUGCUAACUUCAGAAGUAUUGAUCAAAUGGAUUUUCAGUUUGACAAUGAAGAUACACCAACACCAAUCUCUGGUCGGAACCAGCUUGAUGAUAUUGAAAGUGAAAUAGACAAUUAUGUGGACGCACUUAACACUAUUGAAUCAGAAUCCGAAACUGAUUUAGAUUGCCAAACGAAACGAGAAGUGAAGAAAUCUUCCAAUCUUAAUGAAGAAGGAACACAAGAAGAUGGCGUGCAUGGGCUUGCAGCUGAUCAUUCAGACCUUCAACCACCAAACUUGGAAUCUCACACUGCAGAUUUCAGUAACACAAACAAUGUAACGUCCUCUGAUAAACCCAACUCCAUCUCCUCACGGUUUUAUGCCAACGAAGAAUCACAUCAAAUGGUGGGAGAAUCAUCUGAUAUCAGCAAUUCUCUGGGUAUAAACUUCUGUGAAAAUGAUGACGUUCUUAAUGGCUCAAAUGUAGAAUCUGGCAUCCGCAAUUUACCGUACUCUGGCUCCUCAGAACCCAAUCCAAACGCUCCAAUAAGUGAGAAUAUCGUAAGCACUUCUUGCGAAUCACAGAAGUCUCCCACUGAACCUCUUUGUGUUCAGUCAGUUAAGUUCUGGACAAAUGGAAGCCUGCUAGGACUUGAGCCAUCAAAGCCUCCAGUUUUCAGUGUAGCCGUAAGUCAGGACUCUGUGACCAGAAGUAAAGAUGAAGUAGUCAGUGCUUCAAGCCAAAGUAAUAUUGUUAAUGGUGAAGGAGAUGCAGGAAAUCCGGAUAAGUUGGUUCAGAGCUCUAAAAGCAUUGAACAUGUUUCUUCCAAAUGCUCCACAUCAUGCCACAAUGAUAAGGAUGGGAUCUCUGAUAAAAAAUCAUGGAGAUUUUCACCAACUGACAUAGAUGCCAAACAUGAAAAGUAUGUUGAUUCUCAACCAAUUGAUAGAUUUAAUGAUAAUUGUGAGUGUAAUUUGAGUGAAGCCAGUGCAGCAGCACCUGAGACUGAGCAGACAGUCACUCCAGAUGGCAAAAAUGCAUCUCAGAUGUUUGGACUUGACAAUAGAUUUCUUGUAAAUAGUUUUCAAAGAAAAGUAUCACUUGCCCAUGAUGAGAAAUCUGAAACUCCUAGCACCGGGAAAACUGGUGUUUCUGAACAGAAGAGCAGGAAACCAAGUGUUCCAUAUCAAACAUCUGAGAGAACUUUCAAGGGGUAUUUUGGAAGUGAGUCUCCUAUAUUUUCACCCUCUUCUUCACCACCACUUCAACAUAUGAAGAUAUCAUUCCAGCCUAUAAAUGGUUUCGAGACUUCAAAACUAAAACUGAAAUUUCCUGAUGGGAGUUUUCGACAAGACAGCGGUAGACAUGACAGCAGUAGAGAUAUGUUACCUUCAUUUCAAUUGAUCCCAGAGCCUGCUACUCCACUGCGUGACAUUGGUUUGGACUCUGAUGAUGACACAUUUUGUAGAUCAUCUCCAUAUAUGUCAGAUGAUUGUCUUAGCCAUCACUCCGAUUCAAAUUCAAAUCAGUGGGAAUCUGAUGAUAAUUCCCCUAGCAAGGACACCGAGCUAUAUGAUGCUUUCCGCAGAAUUUCAUCCACAGAAUCUGUUUCAGACUCUAUGGAGCUUGAGAGAACCAGACAUGGAAGUUUUCAUGUUGAUUAUGGAAUUCAGAGUCCAUAUGUUGGAAGUUGUCUUGAACCCUGUCAGUCUGGUCAGUCACUUGAUCUUCCAAGUUUGAGCAAUCUGAACCCUUUAUUUGAGCAAGAGAUGAAAAAUGGUUCUGAUGCAAACGAUUUGUCUGAGUCACACCUUCCUAAGGAGCCUACACCACUACCUCCACCUCUCCCACCAUUGCAAUGGCGGGUUAUGAAUUCCCAUUCAGAUUUGACCAUUGGCAAACGAGAAUCUGUGCCUGAAGCCCUUAAUCAUGCAUUUGAUAUGAAGAUUUUGGGAUCUACCAUCUCUCCAAAAUCAGUAUCAAGCCCGGUUAAGCAACAAGAAGAUACUGAUGAGGCCAUUGCAUUCACGGGAAAGAGCAAGCAGCCAGAGUGGCAGAAACCAAAAGGGCAGAACGAAGUGAGCCAUGCUACAAAUGGCAGGGGCAUUGAUGAAAAGGAUGAUUUUUUGCAUCAGAUUAGAGCAAAAUCAUUCAGCCUGAGGCCUACCGUGACAGAAAAGCCAACCGUUACACCUGGUCCCACUUCCGAUAUCAAAGUCACAGCAAUUUUGCGUAAGGCAAAUGCAAUUCGCCAGGCUGUUGGGAGCGAUGAUGGUGACGAUUGGAGUGACACCUGAUUUCCCUUGAACGCUAUCCUGUCACGGCAUGCGAAUGCGAUUCCAUUUUCUUGUAAUCCUUAAUUUUCUAAAGUUUGGGGAGGGGCCUGUUAUGUAUAUGUGAAUAAUCUCAGUUCCUCUCUGUGAUUAAUUUCUAGGGCUUUUUUUUGUUCUUGUAACUUGAUGAGUUUAUUUGCUUCUAUGCCAUUUAUGUUGUAUACAUUGUAUUAAUGUAUGAGCUCCACCCCCAUGUAUUCAAUUAGAGGCAGUUAUUUAUACAUAAUGCCUGAGAAGUGAAGUAGUAAUGGUUAAACUUUUCUGAGUUCAA